UAUUCUUUUUCAUGUAAUUAUACGCCUUCAUGAUAUUUAAAAUGCUGAAAACUAUUUGCUUGCGCCAGAACGGAAACAGAAUUUUACGAACCCUAGUUAUUAUGACGUCAACAAUCAUCUGCACCUGUCACCGAGUUAGGGGAACCCCAUAUACGUCGAUAGUCAGCGAUGCUGCAAGAACAGAAACAUGUUGGUGGAACUCGCUGGAACCAGCUGCAUCAUUCGAUAAGCACGAGAUGUGUGAUUCGUCCACGAAUUGUAGAUAUGGGGGUAUCUGUUGGUCGAGCAGGUCUGACGUAUCCGUACCACAAGGUCACCGGAGGUCACACAGAGGAACUUCACCCCAUGUUGUUUGUAGAUGUACGAUGCAUUGUCAAUCACUCUCCGGUGGGGUAGGAACACACCCCGAUAGCUUGGUUUGUGGUUCGGAUGGGCGAACGUAUAAUAAUGAAUGUCAGCUGAGAUUAGCAGCGUGCAGAUGCCAAUUCCCAAUCACUGUAUUUAAAGUUGGAGCAUGCGAAAGAGGUUCUUCACCGCAUAUGACCCCGAGCGCUCGACCCCAUGACCUUUCCACUGAUGCGGGUUCGGGGUCAGGCUCUGACGUCAUUGAUAUUUGUAGUGGCGGAGUCACGUGUCGUUUUGGAGCCGUGUGUGACGUAGACGCAGAGGAAGGACCUUGUCUUUGUACGACAGUAUGCGACAUGCCUGCAUACACAGUGUGUGGAACAGAUGGGAGAAGUUACUACAACGAAUGUUAUCUUAGAGAUGCGACUUGUCAAGAACAAAGAGAGAUUGAAGUAGAGCAUGUCGGUCGAUGCCAAACCACUGAAGGUUCACAUCCAGUCGGCGAACCCGAAACGGGUUCUGGGUACGAUUCGGAAAUCUCAAUUUGCAACGCUUUGAACUGCGCAGGCGAAGUCUUAAACCCGUUGUGUGGAAGCGAUGGAAUAAACUACCCAACGUUAUGUUCUAUGCGAGUUGCUUCGUGCAAGCAGCAAAAAGUAAUCACGAUGCGAAAUACUGGAUAUUGCAUUGAGCCUGGUACUGAAGAAAUUGUGACAAAACCAGAAAAUGAUAAACAUGAUGAAGUUGCGAAGAAGAAACCACACGACCCUUGUGAAAACAUCUAUUGUCUUCAAGGUGUUUGUGUUCCAAUAGGAACUGAUGAUUUCGAAUGUUCAUGCGAACAUCUUUGUUCUAAAGAAGCGGUCUCUAGCCAAACAUCCAUAGCGCACAUCAGUGGAAUAUCGUUACGUCAGCUCUACAAUAUGAUGCCGGAUAUCAAGGAUCAACUCUUUGUCGAAGACACGCGGCAAAUCCAGACCGAAACGACUACCACCACCACACCGACAACAACGACUUCAAUUCCCGCCGAUGAACCAGAAAUUCUCGAUGAGCCGAUUAUAAUGUCGUUAGAUGGCGUAAAAGAGCUCAAGGAGUUGCGCGUCAAGCCAGGGAGAUCACAAGGCCUUUACAGAACAGCCAGCUUUGACAUUAUUGGAACACCACGCGGGAACAAAAGACGCAGACGUCACAGAACUGAUCGUCAACGUAAUCGCGAGAGACGUCGUUUCAGGAGAUCUGUUAUUUUUGACGAGACCUCAUCUUAUGUAAACGAAACAGUGUGUGGUACAGAUGGUAAAACGUACAGUGAUGAAUGUCAGAUGCGAGUGACUGCUUGCUACGCAAAGAAAAUAGUAAAGAUAAGAAAAAUUGGUGCAUGUCCUUACAUUGUUAAAAAGAUGAAACACAAACAAAAAAGUGAAACGAAAUUGAACGCACCGACAACCUCUCGUCCGACCGUUACCACCACCACUGUACACACAACAACCACCACCCCUACCAGCACAAGUACUUUAGCGGAUACAACGUCCAAUUCCACACUUUCUGCUAUAAUAUCAACAAGCAAGCUAGACAGAGAGGCGACUGACGCCACGCCACAGCAGCAGAGGCCACGCCACACAGUUCCGUCAAAUAUUUCGACCAACGGAAGUUUUGAACAAGUAAGCGCAACAGCGCCCUCUGAUAGUAACGAAUCUGUGGAAGAACUACCGGAAGGUGGCGUAGAAGAGAAUCUUGAAAGUCGAGAUAAAUGGCAGAAAGAGUUUAAAGAAGAACCUCAAGUUUCUGAGGCUCACAUAUUAGAAUACUCAUGGUUAAUAGCAAUAGCAGCGAUACUUUACAUUGCAACGGUAGCACUGGUGGUUGGAUUAUGCUGCAAACAUUACAGAAUAAAACAACAAAACAAAAAGAAUCAGGAAGACAAUCCAGAAGCUGAAUCUUUGAAUAACACCGAAACCAGUGGUGGCCUUGAGUAACUUUCCAGACAACAUUUUUUAUCGUUUUUAAUUUGUUUUCAAUUGUAGUAGGUUGGAGUAAGAUGUUUUUAAUAUCUUUCAUCGUCCACUUUGUGGUAAACAAAGAUUUUUAUGGAACUAUAAAGCAGUUUUCUCGUGACUCUAAAAAGCCCUUUUUAAUUGUUAAAUUUGCGAUUACAAAACAUUAGACAUUAUGUUCUAAUGGUAUAUUCAUUUUACCCCACAGUACUAUAAAUACAGGUCGAGUUAGCACUUACAAAUAAUUAGUCCACGCUGUUUUACGACGCCGAUAUAUUGCUUAUUCCUACGUUUCACGUCGUUGUUUUUUUGCUUUUGUAUUCUAGAAUUAUCCUAAUAGCUAUUUGUUGCAUAUUCUUCUAUAUUUCCCUAGGUAUAAAGAAAAAAUAUUUGCCCAAUAUUUAGCUCAAGGUUUAGUUUUUAAUAUCCCUGCUUUUAAAGUUGUGUUACAUGUUCCAAUUUUUCUGUCCACGCAUUCAACAGUAUUAGAUACUUUUUAUCCGUGCAUAUAUCAAAUACGUUUAUUUUGCCAUGUAUUCGGCUUUAAACUUAACACCUAUAGUCGUUACAGUUAAGUUGCAAGGUGAAAUUUGACGCCGAUAUACGUGUGUUGUGUUUUAUUGAUGCUAUUUUUGUUAUUCUUGCCUUACCGUGAAUCACUAACAAGGUUCAACGAAAAGUAUUUUCUUUCAUCUGA